CCAAAGUAAUAUGUCCAGCUGCGUCUCUGGAUCUUCGUUUUUUAGUGUUCAGUAUGCUGUUCAUAAUAGUUCAAAGCUGCGGUUACCCUGGGUCAUCUGCUCAUUCCAGUGUCAAAUUUACCACUGAGGUAGUUGAUUCUGGUACGGAGGCUAUCUACAGUUGUGACCGAGGAUUCGAGCUUCUAGGACCUUCUCGAAAAGUCUGUGAAGAAAACAGUACUUGGACACCCUUAGGCAUACCCUUCUGUGUAUUAAAUGUCGCAGCAGGAAAAGCGCCCAUGCAAUCUUCCAUCAUCGGUCAAGGAAUUCCACAAAAAGCCAUAGAUGGCAGCACCAGUACAUUUUUCAGUGCUGGUACAUGUACAAUGACAGAAGCCCAAAGUGGUAAAGCCUCCUGGUGGUACGUCAACUUGUUAGAGCCUUACAUGAUUCAGCUGGUACGAGUGGAUUUUGGCAUAUCAUGUUGUUCAAACAAAAGACAAGCGACUGUAGUUGUUCGUGUUGGUAACAACAGACCCGACUUGGGGGUUAACCCAAUAUGUAGCAGGUUCAUUGGUUUCAUUGAGGAAGGGCGUCCUCUGUUUUUUCCCUGUGCCACUGCAAUGCCUGGUGCAUUUGUUAGUAUACAUUUGGAAAGUCCUUUUAAUCAUCCAUUGUCUAUUUGUGAAGCAUUUGUUUACACUGAUAAAGCCUUACCUAUUGAGAGAUGUCCCUCCUUCAGAGAUCAGCCAUUAGGGAGCACUGCUACCUAUAGUGGCAAGUGUUACAUCUUCUACAACAACCAACCCAUGACCUUUAGAGAUGCCCAUCACUUUUGUGCAAUUCGUGGAGGUUCUCUAAUAGAUGAAACCAACCCAGCCUUGCAAGGAUUUUUGAGCUGGGAGUUAUACAGGAGACAUAGAAAUGACCCCACUGGUCAGUACUGGCUUGGAGCAGUUCGUGACCCUAAGGAACAUAAUACUUGGAAGUGGAUCAAUGGAAAAGAAGUGACUACCUCUUUCUGGAAUCUCCCAGGAUCAAAUGAAAAUUGUUCACGUUUUGAUGGUUCCAAGGGUUGGCUGUGGUCAGACACAAAUUGUGACCUUAAUUUGAAUUUUAUCUGUCAACAUAGACCAAUUACUUGUGGAAAGCCUGAAAGACCUACCAAUUCCACCAUACUGGCCAGGAGCUUUGAAAUUGGUUCUGUUAUUGAGUAUAGGUGUUCUCCUGGUCAUCUCCUUGUAGGGCCUAAUAUUAGAACUUGCCUUCCAACUGGUGUGUUCAGCGAAUUCUCACCAAAAUGUAAAUAUUUGGAAUGUGGUCCCCCUGCUACUAUAUCCCAUGGUGGUUACAAACUAGUUAACAGAACUCGUUACUACCUUAGUGGUGUUCAAUAUUUCUGUGAUGAAGGUUAUGUACUUGUUGGACGUGGAUUCUUGGUUUGUGAUGUAGAUGAACGCUGGAACGGGCCUCCACCCCGCUGUGAACCUAUUCAAUGCAGUAGACCCCCAGGUAUUGUGAAUGGAAUGUUGAGGAUGACAACAAACACAAGCAUAUUUGGUACUAUAGUGGAGUACAUAUGUGAGCCUGGCUACAAACUAGUUGGAAAGGCUCAACUGAAGUGUGACUCUAGUGGUUAUUGGGAUGAAAAAGCCCCUGUUUGUGAAAUAAUUACAGAAAAAGAUGUUCAAGUAUUUUCACCAUCAGCACCAAUGCCAAGCAUUGAGCAGCCACCACCCAAAGAAAUAACUACACAAACAACAAUGAGGCCAACAAUUUCACAUACUUUUACAACAACAAGGAGGCCAACAAGUUCAACUACUUCUUCAACAACAACAACAAGGAGGCCAACAAGUUCAACUACUUCUACUACAACAACAACAACAACAAGGAGACCAACAAGUUCAACUACUUCUACAACAACAACAAGGAAGCCAACAAGUUCAACUACUUCUACUACAACAACAACAACAAGGAGGCCAGCAAGUUCAACUACUUCUACAACAACAACAAGGAGGCCAACAAGUUUAAGUACUUCUACUACAUAUUCACACAAAAUAUCUACAAUACCUGUAUCAAUAAGUCCCCAAUUUCCACUAAAACCUUCUCUUAUAAACAGACUUCAGUUUGGCCCUAUCUAUCCUCCUUGGGCAAUCACAAAUAGAUAUCCUACAGCUGUCUCUAGUACCAGUACUUCCUCGCCAUCACAUCUUAAUAGACAAUUUCAACAUCACAUCCCUCCACGAACUUCUACUACCAAGAUGCCAAAGGUAGCUUCAAGCUCGGAAGUACCACUUAUAACCUUGAAAACCAAAGAAAGUAAAGAUCAAAACACACUUUAUCUUCAAACAGUUUCUCCAUCUGGUGUUAAAAAAUCUGAAAGCCAAUUUGGGUCAAAAGACGAAAAAUCAUAUGCUGUGUCUCCAAAACUCAACUUGGGUGGCAUCAUAGCUCUUGGAGGUUUUGGAGGUUUUGUCUUUCUAUCAGUAAUCAUCACUAUCAUAGUCAUUCUUGUACGAAGGACCAGAAGUAAACAGAAUUCUAAGCAAUCACAAGAUGAAACUACAGUCUCAACUUUUGAUGGCAAUGGAGAUCAUGGACUUCAUAGACAUUACCAACGUGCUUGGGACAAUCUACACUAUUCCUUUCAAUAUCAUCCCCAUCUUCAAGCAGUUCAACACCCAGUAAUCAGACAAGAGACUCUUGAAAACUCCAAUAUUUGUAACAAUGGAAAAGGAACUGUUGAAGGAUUCCGGGAGGCCAAUGAAAUUUUAGUUAGUGAUGUUGCAGCACUAUAUUCUCAACCUGAAAAGAAAACAAAAUACAGCAAACAUAGAUCCAGAUCUCACCAACCUAAAACGUUUUCUACCCAUGAGCCUCAUGAGGUUGGCACCUGGUACUCCCAUGAGACUUGCUCAAGAAGAAGCAAGUAUUAAAUUAAAGAUUUUACCUAUCAAUUCUUAUGUUUAGCACUAACAAAAAUAUUCAGAGUUUACUACAUCUAGUUAUGAAAUGUUCAGAGUUAGAGUAUGUAUUAUAAGUGGUCAACUGGGUUAAUGUAGAUACAGUACAUCCCUACUCCUCAGCCUCACAUUGAGCUUUGUGCUAGUUGAAUCACCAAUGAAAUUAAUGUUAUCUUUACAAAAAACAAUUUCUUUAGCUAUAUACUUGAUACCAGAUUUUGAGGAGGAUCAAUAUCUGAUAUAUUAGUAACCAGUGGGGAUAGUCUGAUAAUCAGUUUUCUGUAAAACAAAUGCUACUUUGAUAUCAAUAACCAUUUUUAUUUUGCUUGGAAUAAGGUAUAUUUGUGUAUUUCAGUAAUUUAACAGGGAUUUUCUUUCAGCUAAGAUCCAGAUUCACAAGCAAUAGUGUCACAAAAAAUUAAAUGUAACUUGAACUUACAUCUGUUAAUGCUGAACAUGUAUAAUAGCAUUUAUAAUACUACUGACAUAUGGAUGUAUAGGUUGUAUACCAGUACCUCAAGCUUAUUAUAUUGAUUUGAUCCUUUGAGAAAGGUUUGUGUAUUGAGGGUUGGGUGGGAUGGGAGAAGUAAGAAUAAUAAAAAAUGUGGUAUUCUUUUUACAUGUUUGUUGAGUAAAAUAUUGUGAACUUAUAUUUUUUUGAUGAUUUUUCUUUAUAGUAUAUUUAUUACUCUUUUUAAAUAUAAGCUUUUUAUACAUGAUUGUUUAGAUAAAAAUCCACAAGCUGAAUGUUUCAGACUUUUAAUUCCUUUUAUUUUGUCAGAAUAUAUCCAGACAACUCAAAAUGUAAAAAAAAUAUAAUGGUAAUUGUUUAAAACCAAGAACAAAUAGUCAUAUAAGACUA